AUGAGAACAGCUGCAUACAGCAAGUUGCAAGGAUCUUACCGGCUGGAUCCAAAAACCUGCAACAUCUGCCAAAGUCCUAAUGAUGUGGUCUUCAGAUCAUUUCCCCUUGCUGCAUACAGCAAGUUGCAACGAUCUUACCGGCUGGAUCCAAAAACCUGCAGCAUCUGCCAAAGUCCUAAUGAUGUGGUCUUCAGAUCAUUACCCCUUGCAGCAAGGUGA